UCCAGUAGUGGUGCCUUUCAGCGAAGUGUGGGGCCGCAGUUACUGCCGGCCGAUGGCGAAGCUGGUGGACAUUGUGGAUGAGUACCCCGAUGAGGUAUCUCACAUAUUCAGCCCAUCCUGUGUCCUCCUGACCCGCUGUGGUGGCUGCUGCGGUGACGAGAGCCUGCACUGUGUGCCACUGAAGACGGCCAACAUCACCAUGCAGAUCUUGAAGAUCGCCCCCGGUAAAGAACAGCAUUCUCGUGUAGACAUGACAUUUUCUCAGGAUGUGCUCUGCGAGUGCAGGCCUAUUCAGGAGAAGGUGAGAUCAGAAAGGAGGAAGAUCAAGGGGAAGAGGAAGAAAGAGAAGCAGAAACCCACAGACUGAGGAACCCCACCUCAGGUGAUGCUGUUUCCCCGGAGGUAACCAGCCACUCGGAGGAGAGACCUUCCCGCACCCAGCUCAUAUAUUUAUUACCUUCACCCUCUCAGAGCCCUCCCUGCUGGUACCUACCCUCUAUUUAUUAGCCAACUUGUCCCUGCUGAAUGACUUGCUCCCUCCAAGAUAAGGGGCAUGGAAGGACAGAACCCUCAGGAAUUCAGUGCCUUAAACAGAACGUGAGAGAAAGAAGGAAGCCAGCCACGGAUCCGUGGGAGCUUCGGCUUGGGAAGAAGCAAGACAUGGACAUGGCCUUGCCAGGAGCAAGCCAGGCACCAAGAGGUCCUGAGUCUCCAGGGAACUGCAGAAGAAGAGAGGAGGGCCAGUACCUGCCCUGGCUCCCGGGUCCACCCAGACAGCAGCUCUGGCCCUGGCUGCAUUGACGCAUGUAGUGGGGACUCAGCCAUGUCCUCCUGCUGCUAGGGUCAACGGUUUAUCCUGAAGACCAGGACAGGGCUUUGGGCCCAAGAGGACAUAACUUGCCUGUGGGCUUUGCCUUUCAGCCUACAAGUUCAUGCCAUCACCCUUCACAGAGCACCACCGCCCUGUCCCCUCUCGGAGACACAGGCAGAGUGGCCUGGGGGCUGAACAGAGGGCGGGAUGAAUGAUGAGUAAUAGCCCAGUAGGUUGUUGAACUUUGAUAGCUGUGAGUCAGGGGCGUGCAAAGGAAAGCGAGCAGAUCCCCGGAGGGCCCUUGCAGCCCAUCCGUUGUCUUGUGCCGGGACUGUCUAACUGCCAAGCCAGAUUCUCUUGAAUAAAGCAUUCUAGUC